UGCCUCGGAUAGUACUGGGUAGCAAGGAAGAGUUCAAUAAUAAACACUUAGUGAAUGAAUGAAAAGAGACGGAAGUGUGAGGAAUUUGGCGAAGAAGCAAGAGAGGAUCGAAAUCAAGUAUAGCGCUAGCGCCCUCUUGCGGGUGAGAGGGGGACUGGGUGCUUUAAGCGUGACCGACGGAGACGGCAGGGGGAGCUCAGGCCCUUCCAGCCGAGGCGAAAGCUUUCGGACUACAACACCCAGCAGCCACCAGGAGCCCCAGGGCUUCGUGGGUACGGUAAGCCCUCGUGACCUCUCACGUGCCGGCCCCGCCCCUCCCGCGGGUCGCCCGCGAAAUCCGAUCGGGAGGCGAAGGGCCAAUGGCAAGGUGCGGCCAAAUCCCGCGAGAGCGCGUGGCUCUUAGGGACCGGGCGGGCUGCGGAACGCCGCGCUGGCCAGCUUCCUGUCGCCGUGUCCGCCUCGCCUUCCCGGGGUCCUCCGCCCCGUCCCGGAGGAAGGAGGCGGGCGCAGGUGGGCGCUCCAGGUCGGCGUCCGGAGCCGUGCGAGCCCUGCGGCAGGGCCGCUGGUAGGCGGCGGCGCCAGGGUUGCCCGGCCGAGGCCGGGGUAGCCGCGCGUCCCCGGCAGCAUGGACACGCCGGAGGCGCCCCUGUUAGCUCCGGCCCCGGCCCCCGCCCCCGCCCCGGCCCGCCUCUCGCCUCAGGCUCCCCCGACGGAUAAAGACCCGCACCCUGACCUGAUGCUACCGCCGGCCGAUGGGGACGAGCCGCCUCCCCGCCUGUCCCCGGAUCCCACGGCCGGUUCAGCUGGUUCCCAGGACGGAGGGGAGGAAGGCUCAGCUUCUGCCUCCGCUCCCCUGGAAACGGGGUUCGGUACUCCUCGGGAGCUGAGCCCCCGAGUCGAGGAGCCAGAAGUUUCUGAGAAUGUGAGCCUUCCUGCGGAAGAGACGGACAGGCCGGAGUUGGGGCCCGGAGAGGCCGCGGCAGGGGUGUCCGAGGAAGCCCCUCCGGAGGAUGAGGGAUUCAGCACCUGGAACUACAACUUCUCCCAGCUACCUCGAUUUCUCAGUGGCUCCUGGUCAGAGUUCAGCACCCAGCCCGAGAACUUCUUGAAAGGCUGUAAGUGGGCCCCUGACGGUUCCUGCAUCUUGACCAACAGUGCUGAUAACAUCCUGCGGAUUUAUAACCUGCCCCCGGAGCUGUACAAUGAAGGGGAGCAGCUGGGAUACGCAGAGAUGGCCCCUGUCCUUCGAAUGGUGGAAGGUGACACCAUCUACGAUUACUGCUGGUAUUCUCUGAUGUCUUCGAGCGAGCCAGACACGUCCUACGUGGCCAGCAGCAGCCGGGAGAACCCCAUUCACAUCUGGGAUGCGUUCACCGGGCAGCUCCGGGCGUCCUUUCGAGCCUACAACCACUUGGACGAGCUGGUGGCGGCCCACUCGCUCUGCUUCUCCCCGGACGGCGCGCAGCUCUACUGCGGAUUCAACAGGACCGUGCGCGUGUUUUCCACGGCCCGGCCCGGCCGCGACUGCGAGGUCAGGGCCACGUUUGCGAAAAAGCAGGGCCAGAGCGGCAUCGUCUCCUGCAUGGCCUUCAGCCCGACCCGGCCGCUCUACGCCUGUGGCUCCUACGGCCGCUCCCUGGGCCUGUACGCCUGCCACGACGGCUCCCCUCUGGCCUUGCUGGGGGGACACCAAGGAGGCGUCACUCACCUUUGCUUUCACCCUGAUGGCAACCGCUUCUUCUCCGGAGCCCGCAAGGACGCCGAGCUGCUGUGCUGGGAUCUCCGGCAGCCUGGCCAUCCCCUGGGGGCCCUGAGUCGAGAGGUGACCACCAAUCAGCGCAUCUACUUCGAUCUGGACCCGACUGGGCAGUUCUUAGUGAGCGGCAGCACCAGCGGGGUGGUGUCCGUGUGGGACACCGGUGGGGCCGGGCACGAGGGGAAGCCGGAGCCAGUGCUCAGUUUUCUGCCCCAGAAGGACUGCACCAACGGAGUGAGCCUGCACCCCAGCCUGCCAUUGCUGGCCACCGCCUCGGGCCAGCGUGUGUUUCCGGAGCCCACGGAGAGUGAGGAUGAAGGGGAGCAGGAGGUGGACCUUCCCCUGCUCUCCAUGCGCCACGUCCACCUUGAAUGUCAGCUCCAGCUCUGGUGGUGUGGGGGGGCCCCAGACACCGGCGUCGCUGAUGCCCACCAGGGCAGGGAGGGGCAGGGGGCGGUGGGGGUGAGUUGA